AUGCCAGGAGGACUCCAUCCUCCCAUUGAGGUGAUCCUCAAGUGGCCCGCGCCCAAUUAUGUCAACCCAACAACUAGACCUAACACCAUCUUCGUCAUCGCCUGCGUAUGUGGUCCGGUUACUUUCGCCAUGUUGAUGGCACGUCUUUGGGUUCGCAUCUUCCAUCAGCGUAAUCCCGGCUGGGAUGACUGGCUUGUUGUUGCCGGCACUAUUCCUACAAUUGCCGCUACUUGCAUGCUUCCAAUAGCAACCAACAUCGGCUUCAAUCGUCAUAUUUGGGAUAUCGAUUUCCUCAAAGAGCCCGAGCGCGGUGUCACUACACGCAAAUACGUCCUUGCACUUUUGUGCAUCUUCUGCGUUGCCUCCGGUCUGAUCAAGAUAUCGAUCCUGCUAUUCUAUCGCCGCCUGUCUUCUCGCGUCGUCUCGAACCGCUUUCGCUGGGCCGUCUGGAUCACAAUCGCCUUCAUCGCCUCAUCCACCGUCGCUUUCACAAUUGUGCCAAUAUUUGGAUGUGAUCCCAUCUCUGCGUUUUGGGAUCAAGCAAACGUCGUCCUGGUGCUUAAAGGCUACAAGUACCGCUGCUUCAACGAAGGCGCCGAUGUUUUCUCCGCAUGCGUCAUCUCCACAUUCCAGGAUCUGAUCACUGCGGUAUUGCCUACCUUCCUCUAUUGGAAUCUACGCAUUCCAGUACGGCAGAAAAUCGCACUCUUUGGCAUCUUCGCCAUCGGAUAUGGCGUGGCCGCACUCGGUGCUCUGCGUGCCUACUACAGCUGGCAGAUCUACUUCGGCACGUACGAUUCCACCUGGGUCACCUGGAAUCUCUUCAUUACCACCAUGCUGGAGCUGCACGUCGGUUGCUUUUGUGCGAAUGCACCCUGUCUCAAGGUCUUUUUCAAGUACUUCUUCCACGAGAAGCUUACCUCGAAUGCCAAACGAUCGGAGGCAUCUGGGCAGAAGGGUCAGCUCUCUGGUACUCAAUCCACCAAGUCCUCUGCGAGCAUGCUCAGGGAGAAAGUGUCCCACUUCUUCUCCUCGAAAAGCAGUAGUGCACACAGCCGCGACGGCUAUCUGUCCGAGCCUCAUACAGACGUCUCGGUUGACAAUCAUGGUGGAGUACAGGUUCAAAGACAGGUGUGCGUCACAAUGUCACCACCACCCGCCGUCGGUGCACAGCCGACUGGUCGCGGCCUGCGAGAGUCUGCAGACACAACGGACAUGAUCUGCGCCCAGUACUACGAUGAUAUUGAGUUGGGUCGCUUCACCACAGACAGAAACUCGCACGUCUCAAGCCACCAUUCGCAUGGCGUCUUGGAAGAUCCAGAUGCGGAGGCGUUGCCGGCCAUGCCACAGGCGGCCAGAUCACCACGCUCAAUGAGGUCGUUCAUCUCAUUUCAUCGCGAAUCCAGAUCACCACGGGCAUUAACACACCCAGAGUGGCCUAGCUGGCCCUUGCCUACCACCAUCCCGGAAGAGAGACAUGAUGACGGACAACGUCCAAACUUACAUCCUCCACGGAGCGCUAGCUGGACGAAACCUGAUUGGCAGACAUGGACUUGA